ACGCAUCUUCGAACCAUCCACCGCCAGUAGUCGAACCCCUUGACUUCGCAUUCCCCUGCAACCUAAUCGGACUAGAGUCUCCAUGCUUGGUGAAAAGCGGAAGUCGCAGUCAUUAGAACAUCCCGUACGGAAGAGGACUGCUCUAGACACUUCCAGUGCCGGCACGAGUAACCGUGACAAUUCCAACCACGGGCAACUGUUUUGGAUGAUACAAUGGCGAUACCCUCAAUACAAGAAACAUAAGACAUGGGAUGGAGACGCGGUACUUGUGAUGAAUGGCUCGAAAGGAACCCUAUAUGAUCUUGAGGGAAAAUUUAUGGGGUCAGGCUCACUUAACACAGCCGACCUGGAGGUCGGUGGAGAAUACCAAUGCGGGGGAAGAGAAAUUGGGAUCGAUCGUUCUAUAUCGCGCGCUGACUAUUUAUCUGGAAGAUGCUUUGGCCGCGACCCCCAACCCACUCCCACUGCGAAGAGUUCAGCACCUUCGAAACAGUUCACACCAUUGAAGCCUAGCAAACUCACCGCACCAUAUAAAGCGCCAGCCAUUCAUAGGCCAGUAGUAGAACUCGAACCCGUAGAUUUGAGUUCGACGGGUUCUAGCAAAUCUCCACAAAGACGAGAGGCUCACAUGUACUGGACAGCCAAUUGGCGCAAACAACAAACUAAAAAACACAAGACCUGGGAUGGAGACGCGUUCGUCAGCCUUGUAGGCAAGAAGCUGAUGGUGAUAUCCCAGCAGGGCACAAUAUUUGGGCGCAAGGAUUGGACUGGCCAUGAGCUACAAAGUGGUUACCGCUUUUAUAUCGGGAGUAAGGAAGUGGAGUUGGAUGCUCCCGUGGAGGCUUCCCAAAUGCCCCGUAUCAUCGACGUUGAAAUUGAAAACCAUGAUCCGGGUGCUGAAGGCGUGGACGGUCUCCCUGCUAUGACAUCCAACCCGCCUCAAGUUCAUUUCCCGGGGACGGAUAAUGCUACCCACAUUCAACGGUCUCAACACAAAUUUAUUUCUCCUGUGUCAUUUUACGGCCAGAUACCCGAGACGAAGCCUAAGGGCCCUCUUCAUAACCCUGAUGCCGAGGGCGCGGUAGUGAUGAAAAUGCCGACGAAAGAGCAUUCGGAGAAAUUUAACAAAAAAGGGUUGCCCGUAAUUGCUGUUGUGCUGGAUCCGAUAGUUGCGAGACACUUGCGUCCUCACCAAAUUGAAGGCGUGAAGUUUCUGUACGAAUGCGUUAUGGGUAUGAAGAAACAUGAAGGCCAGGGAUGUAUCCUCGCAGAUGAGAUUGUCGAAGAGCAAAACCCAUAUGGUGGAGGAGGAGUCAUUGGGAAGGCGUUGAUCGUGUGCCCCGUGUCACUGAUCAAUAACUGGCGCGCUGAAUUUCGGAAAUGGCUUGGUCGUGACCGCGUCGGUGUUUUCACUGGCGAAAAGGAUAAAUCCUCGAUCAAGCAUUUCAUAAAUUCAAGAAUCCACCAAGUGCUUGUUAUUGGAUAUGAGAAAUUGCGAAGCGUGAUCCCCCCGAUUGGACUUAUUAUCUGCGAUGAAGGGCACAGAUUAAAGUCAGCAAAUAAUAAGACCUCAACGGUGUUUAAAGCCCUGCGCACGCCUCGCCGAAUUAUUCUUUCUGGUACCCCUAUUCAGAAUGACCUGAGUGAAUUCCACGCAAUGGCUGAUUUCUGUAAUCCUGGUCUGCUCGAUGAUUACCCUACCUUUCGCCGUGUAUAUGAGCUGCCAAUUCUGAAGAGCCGAGUUCCGGAUUGCACUCCGAAGGAAUUGGAGCUCGGGGAAGCACGCGCGGCGCAGUUGACAGCGAUAGGCAAGAGUUUCGUGUUGCGUCGUGAAGCUUCGAUUCUCAAGAAUUACCUGCCACCCAAGCACGAAUAUGUCGUUUUUGUGACUCCCACGCAGUUACAAUUGUCAAUGUUUGCAGCAAUUCUUCAUCCUGAGAAGCUGGCUGCUCUGGUUGAGGGGUCUACCGCAGAGUCUCUUGCCCUGAUCAACAUGCUUACCAAAGUUAGCAAUAGUCCCGUACUCCUGAAAGCCCAAGUAGAGAAAGCAAAGCUGUCCAAAUCAGGCCCUAUCGUUCGCCCUGGAGUGACUGAUGCGCUGAACCUACUUCCCGGGAAUACGCCGAUGGAAGACUUCUCGAUUAGUGGCAAGCUUACUGCGGUAGCCAAUCUGCUGAGGGCGAUUCGAGAACAUACUAAGGAAAAGUGUAUCAUCGUCUCUCAUUACACCUCAACUCUCAACGUAAUCGAGGCGUUUUGCAAGAAGAAUUCUUACACGUACCUCCGCUUAGACGGACAAACACCGGCUAACAAACGGCAGGAAUAUGUCAAUGUGUUCAACAAGUCUUCACAGCAGAGUCAUUUUCUGUUCCUUCUCAGUGCCAAAGCAGGAGGGGUCGGCUUGAAUCUCAUCGGCGCGUCACGAUUGUGUUUGAUCGAUUCUGAUUGGAAUCCGAGUCAUGACUUACAGUCUAUGGCACGCAUCCAUCGUGACGGUCAGAAGCGACCAGUGUUCAUCUACAGGUUUCUCACCGCUGGUACAAUUGAUGAGAAAAUCUAUCAGCGGCAAGUUACGAAGAUUGGACUGAGUGACUGUAAUUCCGGGUCUAAAGCAGAUUCAUUCACGCGGAAAGAGCUUCGUGACAUCUUCCGCGUACAUCCAGACACUGGUUGUCAUACCCAUGCUUUGCUGGGCUGUGGUUGCGGCGGACGAGUGUCCGCCUUCGAGGGCGCCGACGACAAGAGUGAGAGAGAAGAGAUUUCUUGUGAAGACGCCGCACCACUCGUGGAUAACUUCGUAGUGGCCUCACAACUCACCAAAGCCCACUUGGAUGAAAUGGACAAGGCGGAUCUGCAGAAGAAGAGGGCAGAACUUGCAAGUUUAGGAGAGUGGACGCACAUCGACUGUCUUCGCCGUGUGGCCCCUGAUGAGAUACAAGAUGACAUUCUCCGACACCUUCUUCAUCCAAUCAACGGUGACUUAGAAGUGGAGGAAGCUUCCAGACUGGAUAAAUUACUAGCGGCUGCCGACCUUGACAACCUCGCAGCGAUGUCGGACGACGCACAGUUGGCUCGCGACGUUCCGGGUGGAACAAUUUCAUUUUUAUUUGAGAAGACAUCCAAUUCCAACUUUGGCGACCACGAAGCAGAAGAUGGGUAAUUAGUUCUGUACAUCCACCCCCCCCCCCCCCCCCCCGAUCCAGUCGGACUAUGUAUCACAGAGAUCAGUAGAUAUUACGUAAUAGCCAACCCUG